AUGAGUGAAACUACAAUUAUUACAACACAUAUUCGUUCAGAUUCGGAUGAUUUCGAUAUUCGUCGAGAAUUUUGUGGUUUUCAAGAUAAACGUUUGAAUGAUUUAAGACAAUUUAGUUCAUGUAUUAUUGAUUUACAAACACAUGGUCCAAAAGAUCCAUUUGAAAAAGUUACUUGGGUGAUUUCACAUUAUGAUGAAGCAGUACGUAAUUUUGUUGUUAAACGUAUUCAAGCAUGGGCACAAACUACACAAAUAGCUGUUCAAAUGCAUAUAGAAGAUAUUGCCUUUCAUCAACAAAUAUCAUCAGAUUCAUCAUCGUGUUCAACUGAUUGUAAAAUACAACAACUUGGUAAUUCAGUUAAAUCAUCACCAUCACCACCAAGAAAUUCUGCUCGAUUAAUGUUUAAUAAACAUUCAAAAACACCAUUACAUGAUAAUUAUUAUAGUAAUGUGCCAAAUGCAGCUCUUGUUCCACAAACAAAUGUACAAUCACGAUAUCCACAACGUCGUCGUCGAAAUUCAUCAUCAAGUAGUUCGGGUGUAAUCCGUCGGCCAGCAUUAUUUGGUAAACCAAGCGAUUACUUUCUCUCACGAGGAGACGAAUAUCCACGACAUCGAUAUUCACCUUUGUCAACACCAAUCAACAAAAUCAAAACUGAUGAAACAGCAAAAUUAUUAGCUGAAAAUGAUACAUCAUUGGCUAAACUUCCUCAUUCACAAACUGAAAAUGAUUACUCAUGGGAUAUAAGCCAAAGCCAAAACAAAGAGCAUAGUUUAAAUACUAAUACUUCAAAAUGUGAUAAAACAGAUUUUGAAGAACAAGCGAAAUGGGCAGAUCUUCUUUCGGAUACAAGUGAUUGUGAAAGUGAAUCUCAUCCAUUAAUGGCUGAUAUUAUUCUUGUUUCUCAAUUACGUGAUUGUCUUAUGAAUUCAAAUAUUUCAAAAACAAACGAUGUUGAAUCCAUUCAGUCAUUAAUUACAAAACCUUUAUUUCUUACAAGUCAUGAACAAUUAAAAACAUUAGAAAAUCAACCUAUUUGGUUUCAUCGACUUAUGCUUAAUUCAAAAAUAAUCUUAUCAAAUGGUAUACAUCAAUCAAAACAACAAGCAGAAAAAUUAGCAUAUACAAAAAUGAUUGAAUUAAUGACAAAUAAACAAGGUGUUGUACCAAAAAUAGUUGCUAAUGGUCAAUGUAAAGUUGUACUUCGAAAAUUUCUUCCAUCUAAACAUCUGAAUGAAACAACAAUUAUUGAUUCAACCAUGAAUAAUGCUUUUUAA